GGGCGCGGGGAGGCGGCAGGCCGGGCCCGGUCGCUGCUCCCUCCCCGGGCGGCUCCUCGGCCAGCGGGUGCUCGCCGCGCCUCCAGCUCUCAGCCUGCCCGCGCCCUGCCCGCCCCGCGCCUCCGCUCUAUCCCGGGCUCCGGGCCCCUCUCGUCACCGGCAGAGAUGAGUGCGGCCACGGCGCCCGAGCGCGGCUGGAAGAGCGAGAAAGUGGACGAGGCGCAGGCCCUGGCGCGGAGCUGCGCCGCCCGUAGACCGGACUUCCAGCCGUGCGACGGGCUGUCCAUCUGUGCCACGCACAGCCACGGCAAGUGCUUCAAGCUGCACUGGUGCUGUCACCUGGGAUGGUGUCACUGCAAAUAUGUGUAUCAGCCUAUGACCCCCGUGGGACAGCUUCCAAGCACAGAGAUCCCUGCAAGGCCGCGAGAGCCCACCAACACCAUUCAAAUCUCCGUCUCGCUCACUGAACACUUUUUGAAAUUUGCGUCUGUCUUCCAGCCUCCGCUCCCCCCUGACUCGCCAAGGUACUGUAUGAUUUCUGAUCUCUUCAUCGACAACUAUCAGGUUAAAUGUAUUAACGGGAAGAUGUGCUACGUGCAGAAGCAGCCCCAUUCCCAGAAGAUGAGCCCUGAGGAGGUCUCUGCACACGAUGCCUUAAUUUCUAAAGAGAGCGACACUCCGAAACUGGGUCACUGCUCCUCCCCUUCCGGUUCCGAGGACUCGGGGAUCAAUGCAAUUGGGGCUCACUAUGUGGAAUCCUGUGACGAGGACACAGAAGAAGGGGCAGAGCUGAGUUCCGAGGAAGAUUACAGCCCCGAGAGCAGCUGGGAACCCGAUGAGUGCACCCUGCUCUCCCCAUCGCAGUCGGAUCUGGAAGUGAUUGAAACUAUGGAGACCACUGUGUAGGCAGCUGGGAACUGCAGCCGGGGACCACCCUGAGCUUCUUCUGUUCUUUGAUUUGACGAGUCCUUUUCCAAUCCUUUUGGCAUUUUCCAAGCCCCAUUACUAACCGUAGCAGUCCAGUGGUCUGCUUAGUGUUCCCCUUAUAUUAUUACCUUGUAAUGACAUUGUUUCUUUUUGUAUCUUGCUUUCUAUGUAGCAUCUGGUGUCAUGAGUUGUGACCCAGCCUUAAUUUCACUGAGAACUUUGAGAGCGGUGGUGACCACAAAGUGUCAUAGGUCACAUGGCAGAGCUCCCCAGAGUGGAAGUAACCAUAUUUUCCCAGUAGCCUGUCCUCUGUGGUGAAGGCUCUUGCUCAGCUCAGCCUCCCUUUGGCUUGUCAUGUGACAUCUCUGUCCUGUUUCGGGGUUGGGGGGAGCAACUCACUUCUGGAAACAGUGCAGCGGCCAGUGUUCCCUCCCUCCCUCUUCUGUUUGCCACCCACAUCGGCUCAGGACAAGAGUAGCCUCUGCUACUUCUAGAAGGUCCCUUUUGACUCCUGGUGAUGGCCGUGUCACAGCCUCUGUGACUGAAAGGCUCUCCAGUUUGUGUCCAGUCCAGCGGGGAUUUAGGACAGGACACAAAUCAAGCAGCUUGCUUUGCCGGGAGGCUGUUGGGAUCAGGGGAAGAAGAGGUGGACUCAGCCUGGGCUGGCUGAGAAAGUUGCUACAGUGUCUGUGCUGCCCCCGGGUGGGCUCCACAGCGUCCACUGCCCUUCUCGAUGGUUUUUCAGUUCAGGGAGAAGCAUUUAGGUUUCAUAGGUAUUAUAUGUAGGAGGUAACACAUCUGACAUCUUAAGAAAAAAAAAUACACACACACUAGUUUUAGUUAGCAUGAAAAUGCUAAGAGACAGAAGUCCUUUAGGGAUUAGGAAUGAAUCUAAUAGGUUUGAUCGAUUCUGCUUCGCUUGGUUGUAUGAAGCAUUAGAAUGGCUUAGACGAGAAAUGGACUAGAAUUUUGUACGAUGCAUGGAUUUUAUGCAAAUGCAAAAACAGUUGGGAUAGCUCACUGCUGAGUCAGGAAGGUGUUUUAGGUAACACUUCUUCGAGUUACUACACUGGAAUCCGCACUCGUUGUGCGUAUUCUCUCAUGCACACAAAAUAGUGAGUAAUUCUUACGUAGCUUUCUUCCAAACUCUAUUCCUGAUUUGCUGUCAACCGUGUAUUCUCAUGUGAUCUUAGGUGCCAUUUCCCAAAACCUAUCUGUGAGGCGUAGUGCAGACCUGGGCUUUUUACAUAUGUUGUCAUAAAAAGAGUCACAGAGCUGCCAAGAGGGCCGCCUCAGAUCCUAGCUCUCUGAGCGGGCACCAUGGCCUUGCUGCGUCUGUGCAGUCCGCAUCUCUGUACAUCCCUCAGUCAGAUUAGUAUGUGCUGCAGGCAAGGAGACGAUGCUCCCUCGGCCUCCCCGUUUGGGGGUUCUUCGCUAUGUACUCAAGGAAAAAAAUCUGCUUCCUCAGUUGGAUAUGGAGUCCCAGUGAUUACUACUAGAACCUUCUUUAGGCUGACAAGCCCAAACACCCAGUGUUCAGAAGGCAGAAUGUGUUCCUUCCUCUGGAAAGCAUUAGUUAGAAUGCCCCAUGUGAGACCAGACUGUAGCAAAACCCCCCACAUACUUAAAAGCGAGAACUCACACCAAGGACUAGCAGGCACAGGGAGGGUAGGUGGGAGCCACCAUAUCUUGGCUGUUGGGCAAUUCUGCUGGCCUGGGAUGGCCUGGUGACAUCAGGUGGGCCCUACCUGAGGAUUGUGGUGCCCCUCUGGCAUGGCAACGAAACAUAUGAGCCACAUAUCCCUCAUCCUACACUUGGAGCUGUGAUGGCAGCAGUAGCACCAGCCUCAAACAUGGGGGAGCGCCUCAGACCCAGAGGUGGAGAGGCAGAAGCUUACACAGCAGGGCUCACACAGCAGGGCUCACACAGCAGGGCCCACACAGCAGGGCCCACACAGCAGGGCUCACACAGCAGGGCUCACACAGCAGGGCUCACACAGCAGGGCUUACUCCUGCACCUUUCUUAUCUACUUCUUUGCUACAGGACCACUGCCGUGAAUACUGAACUAGCUAGGGUCUAGAACCCGGGCUCCAAAGCCAUGAGAACACGUGCUUAUAGCCAAAGUUGGCUGUGUAUUGGGUUUGGUCCCUUUAUCAGUAACAUCUGUGACUUUCGUCCAGGGUCCUGUUUUCUAAACUCCUGAAACUGCCACUCAGAUUUGCCACCAUUGUGACGGAAUUUUUUGGACUUAAUAACAAUUGAUGAUCGCAUUAAAUAUUUGCACAAUCUCUUUACAAUUACACUCACUAAGCUUCACUUGCCGUUUUAUAAAAUUGGACACGUUCCCUUGCGUUCUUGGAUCUCAAAACAGCGUUUUCUAAAUAAGCACAGCCGAGAGGCUUUUGGUUUUUCUCCUAACAGUGUUCAUACCAGUAACUGUCUGAAAAAAAUGAUUAAGCCAGAAUUAUUUCUCUAUGCUUGCAUUCUGAAGUCAGCUGAAAAGACUAUAAAAAAUGUAUAGCUUAACUGCAAUUCUAGGCCUAUUCUGUUCUAUGUUCUAUGAAAGAAUUUCUCUAUAAUCCUGAUAUUACAGUGCUGAUUUGUAUAUGCGUAUUCAUAGGCACUUUAGAAAUACUUAGAGACCACAUGCACCAUAGUCAGUAAGCACAGUCGUGUUAAAUAGGCGUUUGACGAACAUGUGUACAGUGAGAGAGACGAAAGCUUGCAGCCUGGACCUUACAGGAUGCUGGCCUGGAGCCAGGCUUGGACCACGUGGAUGGGUUUCUGUGGGAUUCUGGCGCUGUUACCACUUCUGAAAGGCUGUUGUCUACCAGUGUAAUCCCACUAAAAUGUGGAGUAUACUUUUCUUACCUAACCAAGACUUUAAGUUUCAAGUGUGUCCAUAACUUUUUUUGAGAAGUGACAAAGCAAUUAAAGUCCUUUUUGGGAUAACUAUUUGGUAUCUUUAAAAAAAAACAAGGCUUUAUUUCAAAACCUAGGUUUUUUUUUUUUCCUUUAACAUUUAAGGAGUAAUAUGAGAAUUUUGAGGACAACCCUGAAGAAAAAGUUGUUUUCCUAGAAGAAAAAGCUCAUGCCUCGAGGCGACACAGUACAGAAUGACUAAAACCUGAGCCACAGUGUCCAAACACAACACAGCACGGCACAAGUGUAAUACAGUACAGAGCCAGUGUCCCAACGGGACACAGUGUAACACAACACAACACAGUAUAAUAACGAAAUACCAACACAACACUGAGCCACCAAGUCCGGAACAACCACAAGGCUGUUUUCUGAUGAGUCUUCAGCUAUGUUCUAGGGUCUGGUUAUCUCUUUUACUUCUUAGCCUCACCUGCUUGCCUGAUCGAAAUAACUCGAACUUCUAGGGUUGACCAAAACAAAUUGUUCUUAUGCAAAUUUGAUUGCAACCAGACACUUGAGAAAGUCAUAAUAUCCAUAUAGGCAUGGUAGUGUAGAUACCGCCAUGUAAGACAAAAAAAAAAAAAAAAAAAAGCACACAUUGAAGUAAAAUACUAUUUAUGUUAUCUGCUCUUGAUUGCCCCUGAAUUAUAUUUGCAAAACUUUAUUGUCAUGGUCUUGGCUUUUUACUGGAGGAAAAUACCCUAACUGGUCUCUUUCCUUCCCGUUUGUCCAACGGUGCUGUGAAUUAGAACAGUGGGUGGAGUUGGGUAGCCUGGGGCUUUGUGGGGAGUGUGUGACUGCGCUCCUUUUCUGUUCCACACAGCCCAGAACACCAUCUUAAACCUCAGUAUAAACACAAGGGCAUUUCUCAAAAGGAAUUUGUUUUUAAAUUUCACCUUGUCGUAACUAUGGUGCCUGAGAAUGGGUGCACCAGAAGGGCGGGUGCACCGGAAGGGCGGGUGCACCGGAAAGGGCGGGUGCACCGGAAGGGCGGGUGCACCGGAAGGGCGGGUGCACCGGAAGGGCGGGUGCACCGGAAGGGCUGGUACAGUCCAGGGAGGAGCUGUUUGCUGCUGUUUGCUGCUGACGGUAAGGCAGUUGGAAGCCUGUCUGGGGUUUGAAUGGCACCUCCAGGUCACCGUGUUUGCACAUGUGUUAAGGCUGUCUGUACCUUGCAGUAGUCACCUGCUGUGCUGGGUUCUUUUGAAUCUGUUUUGAAGUUUAAGCACAAUGUUGACCCUUCUGUAAUUUCCUAAAAUUACAUUGUUUUCCUAAGACAGCUCAACUUUAGGAAAAUACUGCUGUACAAUAAACGUGAUUUUCUUUUCUACUAGAA